AUGAAGUUAGUGGAUGGUACUGAAAUAAAUUCUGAUAAAGUUAAAAAAGCAAGAGCUUCAAUGGUUUCUGAUAUGGCUAAAAGGCAACGUGAAUAUGUAAAAAAUCAAGAAAUAAUAAAUUCUAGUUGGGAAUAUAAAAAAAAAAUUUUUAAAUCAUUGGCUGGAAUUAUUUCAAUAGUUUUUAUCAGUUUUGUUAUUCAAUAUUAUCUUAGUAGUUAA